AUGAAUAGUGAAGGAAAACAAGAUUUGAUGAAAAAAUUAAUUGAAUUUUUAUUACAAUAAGCAAUGGAUAAAAAUGCUAAGUAAAUAAUAGUUUUUUAAUUUAAGGAAAAACAAUGAGCCAGUGCCUAAAUAAUUUCUCACUAAUAAAUUAGUUGAAUAUUAUAAGGUUUUAAUAAAAUCUUAGUAGCUCUAAAAGUAAUGUAAAUUUUAUUUCUUAAAUUAAGAUGCUGAAUUAUUGUAAAAAGAAAAAUAUAAGGAAACAUUAGACCUAAUCAAUAAAGCAAAUUUAAAUGCAAUAGAAGAAAAUUUUGAAAUUUUAUUAAUAAAAUGA